CUCUUUUCCCCCUCUGCAGCUCACAGCGGCCGACGGGGCCCCAUGGAGGGGCGGUUGAGCGCAGUCGCCGAGCAGUAGCCGCAGCAGUGGGAUGUUUACCUGGAGGUCCCUCAUCCUUUGGGCUGUGCUGGUCACAGCCACGCUGUCAGCUGCCAGACCGGCCCCCACGCUUCCUGACCAAGCUCUUCCCAAAACGAACAUCGAGGUGGAAUCCCACUCUGCACACCCCGGAGAUCUCCUCCAGCUGCGCUGCCGGCUGCGCGAUGACGUGCAGAGCAUCAACUGGGUGCGUGAUGGAGUGCAGCUGCCUGAGAACAACCGCACACGCAUCACCGGCGAGGAGGUAGAGGUGCGGGAUGCGGUGCCUGAGGAUUCGGGGCUCUAUGCCUGCAUGACCAACAGCCCCUCGGGGAGUGAGACCACCUACUUCUCCGUCAAUGUCUCAGACGCACUCCCUUCUGCAGAGGAUGAUGAUGAUGAAGAUGAUUCCUCCUCAGAGGAGAAAGAGGCGGAUAACACCAAGCCGAACCAGGCUGUAGCUCCUUACUGGACCUAUCCUGAGAAGAUGGAGAAGAAGCUGCACGCCGUCCCUGCUGCCAAAACAGUGAAAUUCAAGUGCCCCUCAGGUGGGACGCCCAACCCCACGCUGCGCUGGCUGAAGAAUGGCAAGGAAUUCAAGCCUGACCACCGCAUCGGGGGGUACAAGGUCCGCUAUGCCACCUGGAGCAUCAUCAUGGACUCGGUGGUGCCGUCAGAUAAAGGCAACUACACGUGCAUCGUGGAGAACAAAUACGGGAGCAUCAACCACACCUAUCAGCUGGAUGUUGUGGAGCGCUCCCCACACCGGCCCAUCCUGCAGGCAGGGCUCCCUGCCAACAAAACGGUGGCCCUGGGCAGCAACGUGGAGUUCGUCUGCAAGGUCUACAGCGACCCGCAGCCCCACAUCCAAUGGCUGAAACACAUCGAGGUGAACGGCAGCAAGAUCGGCCCCGACAACUUGCCCUACGUGCAGAUCCUGAAGACGGCUGGCGUUAACACGACAGACAAAGAGAUGGAAGUCCUUCACUUAAGGAAUGUCUCAUUUGAGGAUGCUGGGGAGUAUACAUGUUUGGCGGGUAAUUCUAUUGGGAUCUCCCAUCACUCUGCAUGGUUGACAGUUCUCGAAGCUAUUGAGGACUCACCAGCCAUGAUGACGUCCCCUCUUUACCUGGAGAUCAUCAUUUACUGCACCGGCGCGUUCCUCAUCUCCUGCAUGGUGGUGACAGUCAUCAUCUAUAAGAUGAAGAGCACCACCAAGAAGACAGAUUUCAACAGCCAGCUGGCCGUGCACAAGCUGGCCAAGAGCAUCCCACUGCGCAGACAGGUAACAGUGUCAGCUGACUCCAGCUCCUCCAUGAACUCGGGUGUGAUGUUGGUGAGGCCCUCACGGCUCUCCUCCAGUGGAACCCCCAUGCUGGCUGGUGUCUCUGAGUAUGAGCUGCCCGAGGACCCGCGCUGGGAACUGCCACGGGACAGGCUGAUCCUGGGCAAGCCACUGGGAGAAGGCUGUUUUGGGCAGGUGGUGCUGGCCGAGGCCAUCGGCCUGGACAAGGACAAGCCAAACCGUGUCACCAAAGUGGCCGUGAAGAUGCUCAAGUCCGACGCCACAGAGAAGGACCUGUCCGACCUCAUCUCCGAGAUGGAGAUGAUGAAGAUGAUCGGCAAGCACAAGAACAUCAUCAACCUGCUGGGGGCCUGCACGCAGGAUGGACCCCUCUAUGUCAUCGUGGAGUACGCCAGCAAAGGCAACCUGCGUGAGUACCUGCAGGCACGGCGCCCACCGGGCAUGGAGUACUGCUACAACCCCACCCGUGUCCCCGAGGAGCAGCUCUCCUUCAAGGACCUGGUGUCCUGUGCAUACCAGGUGGCGCGUGGCAUGGAGUACCUGGCCUCCAAAAAGUGCAUCCACAGGGACCUGGCAGCCAGGAACGUGCUGGUGACCGAGGACAACGUGAUGAAGAUCGCUGACUUUGGGCUGGCCCGUGACAUCCACCACAUCGAUUAUUACAAGAAGACGACAAAUGGUCGCUUGCCAGUGAAGUGGAUGGCCCCAGAGGCUCUGUUCGACCGAAUAUACACUCAUCAGAGUGAUGUUUGGUCCUUCGGCGUGCUGCUUUGGGAGAUCUUCACUCUGGGCGGUUCGCCGUACCCCGGUGUGCCUGUGGAGGAGCUUUUCAAGCUGCUGAAGGAGGGCCACAGGAUGGACAAGCCCAGCAACUGCACCAACGAGCUGUACAUGAUGAUGCGCGACUGCUGGCACGCCGUGCCCUCCCAGCGCCCCACUUUCAAACAGCUGGUGGAGGACCUGGACAGGAUCGUGGCCAUGACAUCCAACCAGGAAUACCUGGACCUGUCGGUGCCGUUGGAUCAGUACUCACCCGGCUUCCCAGCCACACGCAGCUCCACCUGCUCUUCUGGGGAGGACUCAGUGUUCUCCCACGACCCACUGCCCGAUGAGCCCUGCCUGCCACGCUGCCCCCCGCACAGCCAAGGGGUGCUAAAGCGGCACUGAGGCUCCGCACGCAGCUGUGCCCACCCGGCACCUCCGCAGGGAACUCUGCCCAAAGGUUUCGUUUGCUGUUUGCCUGUUGGUUAGCUCUCCUCUUUUUUUUAAUCACCCAUUUAAACCUUUCCCACGAGGUCUGUGCUUGGACAUCUCCACGUGGCGGUGCCGCAUUGUCCCUAUGGGGCUGAUGCACUUUGUGAGCAUCACAUCCCAGUGCUGCCCAAACCCACGCGUGUGGGGUGUGCAGCACCCGUGCAUCAGUGCUGACAGCAGAAGUCCCGUGUACAUAGCUAAAAUAUGUAUAAAUAUGAAUAUAUAUUUACAUGUCUUUUUAAAAAGGUUGUUACCAGAGCUAUACCAGUUUGGUAGGAAGGUACUAGUGGCUGGUAGAUAUCAGUUGCUAUAUAUAUAUAAAAAAAAAAAGAAAAAAAAGAAAAAAAAAGAAAAAAAAAAAUCCAUAUAUUUUGCUACAUUUGCUGUUUUUAUUUUUUUAAAUUAUGUCCCCGACCCUCUUUCAGUUUUAGAUCCCUCGAUAAGAAUUGCUGCUGCUGCUGCUUCAGUUUUAUAUGGGGUUGUAUUAAACCAUAAUAAAUAAUGUGUCGAUGCCUUUCGGGAGCACACGGCCAAGGUGCCAAUGGCCUUUUCCCUCCCCCGGGGGGCUGCAGUGGGGCCGGGUUCAACCCCAAACCUGGGCACGGAGCUCUGCACCCCGGGGCUGUGCCUUACCCGGCCACCCCAUGGGGAGGAGGGGCCAUGGGGUCUUCUGUGUCCCCAUCCUGUCCCCCCCCGCCUCCCCCCACCCCACCUCCAGUCCCUGGCGCUGGGAGCGCGGAGUCAGGGCGCUAUUACUUGAAAAGUUUAUUUUGCCUUUGUAUGGAGAAAUAUUAUUUGUUGUAAACUCUUCUGUAAUGAAUCUGGAAUUCUUGUAAUUAUUAAAGACUUUAACCAA